UUGUAAGUUAUAUAAUAAAGAUGGCGAGAAAAUUUUAGCGAGAGUCUCGUGCAAGAAUAUUCCUAUACGUUGCUCACUUGUAGAUUUUUAGCAUUUUUAUCUCGCGUACAAAAUAACACGCGAUAUGUGUUAUCCAAACUUACUCUUCGAUAUUUUUGAAGAAUGGCGAUAAAGGAAUCAAACAGCUUCAACAACCCACUCUCUUAGUUGGACACCCAGUGAUAUGAAGAUUUGUCAAUCAUACAGUUGUUUCUUACUUGAUGAAUGAUCAUUCAUGGCGAAGUUAUUACAUCGUUAUAUACUUCUAUGUUUAUUUUUUGCUGCUUUGAUAUGGCUUCUACUGUCAAUCAUUGCACAACUAUACAAAUACCAUCCAAUGAAGAAUCCAAACACCCAAAAGAGAGAUGACAUUGAAGGAACUGAAGAUAUUAGUAUGCUUGGGAUUGUAAAAAAUAGUGAUGAUAUACGGACGAGAGAGGAGGGCUACAGUGCACAUGGUUUUAAUUUGUUAAUAAGCAACCGAUUGAGUUUGCAUAGGACAAUUAAAGAUACGCGCCAUGAGCUAUGUAGAGGGAAGACAUAUCCAAAGAAUUUACCUGUUGCAAGUAUUGUAAUUUGUUUUUACAAUGAAGCAUGGACUAUACUCUUGAGAACUAUACACAGUGUUUUAGACAGAACUCCUCAUCAAUUUUUACAUGAAAUUAUUCUUGUGGACGACUUUAGUAAUAUGUUAGAAUUAAAAUCAAAGCUUGAUAGAUACCUUAGCACAAUGCCAAAAAUUCGCAUUGUAAGGAACAAUAAGCGUGAGGGCCUGAUACGUGGAAGGAUAAUUGGUGCUGAGGCUGCAACUGGCCAAGUGUUGGUUUUCCUGGAUAGCCAUUGUGAGGUUAAUAUCAACUGGUUACAACCAUUACUACAGCAUAUUCACGAUGAUCAGAAAGCAGUAGCUUGUCCAGUUAUUGAUGUUAUCAGCUCAGACACAUUUGAGUACUCUUCUUCACCAAUGGUUAGAGGCGGAUUCAACUGGGGCCUACACUUCACAUGGGAACCCAUUCCACCAUCCCUCUUGGUAAAACCAGAGGAUUAUGUCAAGCCAAUUAGAUCACCAACAAUGGCCGGUGGGCUAUUUGCAGUUGAUAGGGAAUACUUUACCCAGCUUGGCAAAUAUGAUAGUGGUAUGGAUAUAUGGGGUGCAGAGAAUCUAGAAAUCUCCUUUAGGAUCUGGAUGUGUGGUGGCUCCUUGGAUAUCCUCCCUUGCUCUAGGGUGGGUCACUUAUUCAGGCGAUUUCGUCCAUAUGGAUCAGACUCCAAGGGGGACACCAUGUCCAGAAACUCGAUGCGUCUGGCUGAGGUCUGGCUGGAUGGAUAUAAAAAGUACUUUUACCAGAUUCGCCAUGACUUGGAGGGAAAGAAAUUUGGUGACAUUAGCCAAAGGAUAAAACUUAGGAAGAGCUUACAGUGCAAGUCUUUUGAGUGGUAUUUGAAGAAUAUCUAUCCAGAGCUCAAGCCACCUGGCCAGCCUGGAGGAGGUGCCUUUUAUCCCAUCGACAGAAGGCCUCAAGUGGUUAUAUGGAAAGGAAAGUUGCAGACCAGUUUUGAUGAUGGCUAUUGUUUGGACAGUCCCGGUCAUCCAAGUGAGAAGAAGGCCUCUGCUGUCAUUCACCAAUGUGAAAGUACAAAAUCAAGGUUUUGGUCUCUAAACGAAGACGGUGAACUGAAGAUAGAAAGUCUGUUGUGUCUGGAGGCAUCAGGUUACCAGUCCAAACUCGGGCUACGCCUUAUGAAGUGCCAUGCCCAAGGAGGGGGGCAGCAAUGGAAAUUUCUAAAUAAAAAGUCUGUUUUGUACCAUCCUGCCACAGGCCUAUGCCUUGGAGUCAAUGAAUCACGUACCUACUCCACCCCUGGCAUGCAGAUAUGUGACUACUCCAUACAUCAACAGUGGACAUUUGUCUACUAACUCUUAAACGCGACUAUUGAUGGGUUGGAUGAGUCAAAUCAUUUUUGAUAUUCUACACUGAACUUCACAAGGUUUUUUCUUGCAGUUUGGUAUGAAUUUACCUAGAUUAUUGCUUCAUGGAAAGAAUAGAUUUAGUGGAUAAGUUGGAAAAGUUGGACUUGACUUGUAUAAAUUAUCAUCAUAAUUAUUCUUAAAAAACAUUGCCUCCAUGCAUUACUAGUGUUUUUUUAAAUUUAAUUUCAUUUUUUAACUAUAAACAAUGUAGUUUUAAACCAUUCUGAACCACAUGGUUUGCUAACAUUUUUUAUGGCAAAAACCUAAUGAGACAAAAAGUGGUCUAUUUGACACUUACACAAAGCCUGGACAAAGGAAAUUUAUAAAAGAGUAUCAUGCCAUUUGUAUCUUCAUAAGCAACAAUUACUGCUUCUUGGAUAAAGUUUAAACAAUAUAACAAAGAAAUAGUUUAACCAGCUUUCAAUGCAAAAAGUAGAGGAAUGAAUGUAUUUAAACCAGCAUAACAACAGUUUUAUUCUUAAUAAUAUGCUUCACUGUAUAUACAAGGAAGAAUUGAAUAAAAUUAUUACCAAGAUUA